UUUUAUUAUAAUGCACUGUAUUUUUUAAGAUUCGCUACUAGCUGAACUGCUAUAGAGGCUACUGUAUUCUCCGCGUUUUCUUUCCUUUGCUCAGGGUGUACUCCCCACUGUACGUUCUCGAUUACUCGACGAACUUCUACUGCACGUGUUCUUGGUGAAAAUGUUAGAAUGUAUCCUACUUUUCCCACGGCUGAGUGGGAGCAGUCACCUCAACCCCUCGUGCGCGCAAAAAAUCAAAUUGUUAUAAUAAAGACUGUGAACCGUUAUAUUAUAAUAUGAUGAAGACUGCACUAUGAGUUAUGGUACUUUGUAUCAUAUUAUAAUCCGGAUUGCCUUGUUGAAGAACACAACGAGAAAUGCUGAUGGCUGGAAGGCGCCACCGGUAGCUGUCCUUUUUUUCUUUAUCCCUCUUUUCUCGUUGUUUGUCUCCUUUCUUUUUCCUGCACUGAAUGGCCGCUAUACUGUGUCGGUAUGCUUCUCUUUUCAUAAACAAACAUACAAACGAACAACGUGGAAACUACCCAGAUUGUAACUUUAAAUUGAUUAGGCGAUGAGCGCAGAUGAAACGGUGAAUGCACCGCUUGGCGAUGGCAACGAUGGUGUGCAUUUCGCUGGCGGUUCGCAUCGCAUUUGAGCUAGAUAAAGGAACGUAGGGGCUUUUUGUAUGAGCAAGUAAUAUAGUAUCAUGAUUGCUAUUAUCACACAACGAAAACGACCACCUCUCUCUUGCUGCCCUUUCCGUUCGAAUCGACGAGUUCGGUGAAUUUCAUUUACGUGACCUUGUUUCAGCGAGGUCGGUUUGUACGCGGCAACACGCGUAGCGUGUACCCCACCGCCGCGUAGCGAGGGCGGCAAAUUCCGGCCGACCUCAUUCGCCUUGCGUGAUACUAUCGCCGACCGCUGGUUGCGCCUUCGCCGCUGUUUGCAAAGCUGGCGGUUGGCAGGCCAAGGAGACCUUCGACUUCGACGCAAAACCUGCGCGCGCACGCGGUCGGCGGCGGCCCAGACGACUAGAGCAAGAAAAUAGGUCGGUGGACGGCCGACGCUGCGCAAAGCUGACGCUGCAUGAGAGCUCAGGCAACGCCGGUUGACUAGGACAUUGGGGUUUCUUGUUUUGUUGGCCGUUAUUGGUUGCUGAUGGCAGAAUGUUCCGAAGAGACUUCCACCCGAUGGCGAGUGAGUUAUGAGGAAGAAGUAAUGAUCAACAUGUGGCAAGAACGUCGAGUCUUAUGGGACAUUACCGACCCAGACUACAAGAAUAUCCGCGCAAAGCAGCUGGCCAGGGAAGAAAUUGCCCAAGCGAUUGGAAAAACAAAUCGACAAGUGAAAGAUAAGCUUAAAAAUCUGAACGACUCUUACGUGAAGGCUCGAAAGAGACUACGUGAAGUUGGAGCGGCCAAACCUGGCUCAAGGGAUGUCUACCUUCUAGAGCGUUUGCAGUUUCUGUUGCCCAGUAAAGUGGCUCCGGGUUCCAAGUCAGCAUCGGAAAACUUUGUUGUUGAAAAAGUGGAAGAGGCAGACAACUCUUGCCUCAGUGAUGACCAUCCUGUGGCUUCUUCAUCGAGACCUAGUGCCUCAAGCAGCAGGAAAAGGAGAAUGGAAGAUAACGUCACUUCCAAUGGAGAUGUGAACCACAGUGUCACGGACGAUACGGAAUACAAUAAUAAAUCGGAAGAAGACUAUUUUUCUCAGUAUAUUGGGGCAGCCUUGAAAGGUUUGGAGCCCACAGCCAAACAGUGGUGUAUGAUGGAAAUGCACAGUGCUUUGUACAAGGCUAGGACUGGAAUUUGGGAGCAAAGUUUGUCAGAACAUCACUGAUUUCUUGGAGUAUUAUUUUUAUAAUUUUUUUUUUGGGGGGGGGGGGG